CAUGUGAAUGCGAGGUGGAUGCUCAGGCAGAGGGCGGAGCUUAUCAGGCUGCUUUCUCCUCUUCCUUUCUCACCUCCUUCCUCUUCUCCUUGUGCUCCAUCUACUCACUACACUUCUGGAGACGCAUCUGCAGCUUCUCUUUUUACAUUUGAAUUCUGCAAAUUAGAAAGAUCGCUGCUCUCUUUUUGUGCAUCAGUGGACUAUCCUCCUUUUCCUUGAGGUGCAACAGGAGCGCUGUUCAGACUCCAGCGUGCUCCCCUUUCUUAAGCAGUAGAUGGAGGGGGGUUGGGGAAGGAAUCCUGAAUGAGACAAGUGUGUUUGCCUUUGGCACCUCCUGAGACGGGAUCGGUGGUGGAGGGGAGCGUGGCGGCAGGCAGAUUAAAGCAGAGGAGGCUGGGAGAAGAGUGGUUAUGCCGGCUCCUCGUGCUCUCGUGCUGCUGCUCUGGAGGCUGCGAGUCACUCUGGCACAGUCCUGCCUUUCCUCGACAUGAGCGUCGCAGGAAGGGUGUCCUGCUCCAUGCUAAACUGCUUCGGUGAAGAGGGGCCUCCCAGUCUGGAGUACAUCAAGGCCAAGGAUCUGUUCCCCCAGAAAGAGCUGGUGAAGGAGGAUGACAACCUUCAGGUGCCGUUCCCAGUUCUUCAGGGGGAGGGGGUCGAGUAUCUUGGUCAUGCCAAUGAAGCCAUCAUCGCCAUUUCUAACUACAGAUUUCACAUCAAGUUCAAGGAAUCCGUCGUCAAUGUGCCGCUCAGGCUCAUAGAGGGCGUGGAGAGCAGAGAUAUGUUCCAGCUGCACAUCAUCUGCAAAGAUUCGAAGGUUGUCCGAUGCCACUUUUCAACCUUCAAGCAGUGUCAGGAGUGGGCAAAGCGCCUGAACCAAGCCAUCGCCCACCCGUCGCGGCUGGAGGAUCUGUUCGCUCUGGCCUAUCACGCCUGGUGCCUCGGGGGCAGCGCCGAUGAUGAAGACCAGCACGUUCAUCUGUGUCGCCCAGGGGAUCACGUGCGCCACAGAAUGGAGAUGGAGGUGAAGAGGAUGGGCUUCGAUACGCAGAAUGUUUGGAGAGUGUCGGACAUAAACAGCAACUACAAACUGUGUUCCAGCUAUCCUCAGAAGCUUCUGGUUCCAAUUUGGAUCACAGAUAAGGAGCUGGAGAGCGUGGCUUCCUUCAGGUCCUGGAAGAGGAUCCCUGUGGUGGUCUACAGGCAUCAGAAGAAUGGUGCGGUGAUUGCCCGCUGCAGCCAGCCUGAGAUCAGCUGGUGGGGCUGGAGGAACACGGACGAUGAAUACCUGGUGACGUCCAUCGCUAAAGCCUGUCAAACGGACUCUGGGGCCAAAGGGGCGCCGGCCAACCGGCAACGAGGAGAAGCUCCCGACUCCUCCGACAGUGACUUUGACUCCUCUCUGACUGGAGCCUCUGGCUGUGACGACAACACCGUCCCCCACAAACUGCUGAUCCUGGACGCCCGCUCCUACACGGCUGCCGUGGCCAACCGGGCCAAGGGUGGGGGCUGCGAAUGUGAAGAGUACUAUCCAAACUGCGAGGUCAUGUUUAUGGGAAUGGCCAACAUCCACGCCAUCCGAAACAGCUUCCAGGCUCUGAGGGCCGUCUGUAGUCAGAUCCCGGAUCCAGGAAACUGGCUGUCUGCACUGGAGAGCACCCGCUGGCUGCAGCACCUGUCUGUCAUGCUGAAGGCAUCCACUCUGGUGUGUUCAGCCAUGGAGCGGGAAGGCCGCCCCGUCCUGGUCCACUGUUCAGACGGCUGGGACAGAACGCCACAGAUAGUAGCCCUCGCCAAAAUCCUGCUGGACCCAUAUUAUAGAACUUUAGAGGGUUUCCAGGUGCUGGUGGAGACGGAGUGGUUGGACUUCGGUCAUAAGUUCGGGGACCGCUGUGGCCACCAGGAGAGCUCUGACGAUGUGAGCGAGCAGUGUCCGGUCUUCCUGCAGUGGCUGGACUGCAUCCACCAGCUGCUCAAACAGUUCCCCUGCCUGUUUGAGUUCAACGAGGCCUUCCUGGUCAAGCUGGUGCAGCACACCUACUCCUGUCUCUAUGGCACCUUUCUGUGCAACAACGCCCGCGAGAGGGAGGCCAAGAACAUCUACAAGCGCACCUGCUCUGUCUGGUCCCUGCUACGCACGGGAAACAAGAACUUCCAGAACUUCCUCUACAUCCCCAGCCAUGACACGGUGCUGCAGCCUGUCUGCCACACUCGGGCGCUACAGCUGUGGACGGCUGUGUACCUGCCCACCUCCUCCCCCUGCACUGCUGUGGAUGAAUCGGUGGAGCUCUACCUCCCCCCGUGCAUCGCAGGAGACGAACUCACCUCCCGCUCCUUGGACAGGCUUCCUAAAACACGCUCCAUGGACAACUUACUGUCUGCGUUUGAGAACGGCGCCCCCCUGACGCGUACGUCCAGUGACCCUAAUCUGAACAAACACUGCCAGGACGACCGCGGUGCAGCCGAGGCCUCGUCUGCCUCGUCUGCAAACGACUCUGACGACCCAGAGGACGGUCAGUCUGACCACCAGAGCCCCACCCAGAGCGUCCCGUGGGCAGAGGACCCUGAAGACGGGCGGGCGGAGCCUUGUCUCACCACACAGCCACUGCCCUCUCCACCCCUCCCCUCCGUCACUACAGACUCUCCCAGCUCCACUCCUGUCCUCCACCAAGCUUUAACUCACGCCACAGACCUUCCCCUCCCUCCCCCCGUGGAGGCCGAGAGCCCCUGCAGGACUGCUGACGGCGCUGUGCCCCCUACCCUGGACUCAGAGCCAUGCUUGCCUCUCCCCUGUAAGAACUCUCCCCCUGCAGCCGUCGCCCCCACCCCGCUGCUCAACGGACACUCGGAUGGUGUUGCUGACUCUGCACUUAAACAGCCCACCCCUCUCCCCAUGGAGGACUCCACCGAGACCAUCACAGGGGAAGCAGAGGGUCCCCCCACUAACCCGCCCCCCAUCCUACCUUCCACAGCACCUUUGGUUCUCCCGCAGGAGGAGCCGCUCAAACUGCAGACUCAAGUUUACCCCCACAGACAGACGGAGGAGGUGAGGGGCAGAGGGGCGGACGGCGCCCAGCCGAUGGUCCGCCCCCUCCUCAGUGAGAGCCCGCUGUCGGAGCUGUCCCUGCUGGGCUCCCACUGGGACAGCGUGCACGGACUGGUCCAGUCCGCCUGCAGCCACCCCGGAGUGAGCCGGGCGCUGCAGCCCAACACCUACCAGUGCCGCCGGCUCGCCACUAAGCUCCUGCGUGCGCACGGCCUGACAGUGGGGGGCGGGUCUCAGUGCUUGCGCAGGGAGGCGCCCUGCUGUCCCAGCAGCCCUCUGCAGGCGGGGUGGCCCUCUGUAGCCAGGAGCUACAACGGCCUGUGCAUCCCCGCCAUGGCGGCCCUCAGCAGCUACUCUCUAGCGGCCCACCAGUUCCAGCUGGCGUCUUUUUCCUCCGCCUCCAGCUCCCCUCCCCCACCGCAGGCGCCAGCCUACCUGGAUGACGACGGGCUGCCCGUGCCGCUGGACGCUGUGCAGCAGAGGCUGCGGCAGAUCGAGGCGGGAUACAAACAGGAAGUGGAGGUGCUGCGACAGCAGGUGAGGCAGCUGCAGAUGAGGCUGGAGAGCAAACAGUACGGAACCCCCCCCUCAGAGCCGGACGUGGACUACGAGGAUGACAUCACGUGUCUGCGGGAAUCGGACAACAGCAACGAGGAGGACUCCCUGUCCACCCACAGCGAGGACCGUCUGUCCGAGGGCAGCUGGGACCGAGUGGAGCGCAAAGACGCAGAGGUCACCCGGUGGGUCCCCGACCACAUGGCCUCCCACUGCUUCAGCUGCGACUCUGAGUUCUGGAUGGCCAAGCGGCGCCAUCACUGCAGGAACUGUGGGAACGUGUUCUGUAAAGACUGUUGCCACCUGAAGCUGCCCAUCCCGGACCAGCAGCUCUACGACCCGGUUCUGGUGUGCAACAGCUGCCACGACCUGCUGCUGGAGUCCCGCACGCGCGAGAUCCGCAGCCAGCAGCUGAAGAAGGCCAUCGCCACGGCGUCCAGCUGAAAGGAGCGCAGACCGUUCCGCCUCUGCCCCGCGGGGAGCCCUGCUCGCUGUUUGAGCCUGCUGUCGUUCGGCUGCACUUAGGAGGAUUCGGAAGGCUGGAUGUGGAAACGGGGACUGGACGAUGAGCUGGAGGCAGAGAGGCCCGUCGCUAGUGAUGGAGGGGGGGGGUUCCUGCAGAACAAAACCCCUCGAGUUCAAGGACCUUUUUUUGGCAGAGUGCUGCCCCCGUGCAGCUCUGCCCCCAAACACCUCCUGACAGACGCUGUCUCGCACUUCAGAGGACAAUCGACACCCACCAUGAGUCGGGGACUCUACAGCCUUCACCUGCACUGCUGGAGGCUUGGACUUCAAAAGGAUUGCUGCUACAGUAUUUAAAGUCUAAUUUUGUAUUUUUGUGCACUAAUAUCCGUCGUGUAUUUGAGGGAAUCUGAGACCAAACUUGAGCUAAAGGGAGAAACCUGCUGUUUACUUUGUCUUGUUUUUUGAGCCUGAAUGUAACUGGAUUCGCUCUGUGUUCACGUGCAUUCAGUGGGUCGUAUCAAUGUUCAUUUGCCGCGGUGUGUUCUGGAAAUUCUCUGUAAGUCAUUCAACGUGGUUCUGUCCUUAUCGGCGCUCUUCUCCUUCAUGUUGGACGGGUGAAGCCAUUGAGCGGUUCGUGUAAAGCUUGAUGUCCAUGUGACUGAGGACUCCUCAGACGGAUCCAGAAGAAGUUCUGAAGACUAAAGAGUGCCAUAUUUAGUUUAGUCUGUUCUGAAAGCUGCCUUCUUCCUCAUGGACAACGGCAGGUUUCUAAUUGGCCACAUGUGUGUUUAAAUGAUGCAAAUCUUUAGCUGCUUAUUAAAGACGUCUAAACUUCUGGAUUUAGAAUGAUGGGCUCUAAACUAAAUUAGCAAACCUUUGUGUUUUUUUUUUUUUUUUAACCCAGCAAAUAUUUGAGGCGUUAUUUUUGCACGGUGAAAUCCAAACCUUCAAGAUGAGCUCAGACGUGUAACAUACAUAGUUGUCUGAUCCGUAGUGGUGGCAAAAAAAGUCACUUAAUGAAUAAUUGUGGAAAAGAAAUACACUGUAAAAGUGAAAUCCAAUUGUUUGAAUUAAAAUAUAUCAAUGAUC